GGGAAAGAUGACCACUCUCACACGGCAGGACCUUAACUUUGGGCAAGUUGUUGCGGAUGUUCUUUCAGAAUUUCUGGAAGUGGCUGUUCACCUUAUCUUAUAUGUCAGAGAAGUUUACCCUAUUGGGAUCUUUCAGAAGAGGAAAAAAUACAAUGUACCUGUCCAGAUGUCCUGCCACCCGGAGCUGAAUCAGUACAUCCAGGACACACUGCACUGUGUAAAGCCACUGCUUGAGAAGAAUGAUGUGGAGAAAGUUGUAGUUGUAAUCCUGGACAAAGAGCACCACCCUGUGGAGAGAUUUGUCUUUGAGAUCACCCAGCCACCUCUUCUUUCCAUUAGCUCAGAGUCCCUGCUGUCCCACGUGGAGCAGUUACUGCGUGCCUUCAUCCUGAAGAUCAGUGUGUGCGAUGCUGUGCUUGACAACAAUCCCCCAGGUUGCACCUUCACAGUUCUGGUUCACACACGGGAGGCUGCCACACGGAACAUGGAAAAGAUCCAGGUGAUAAAGGAUUUCCCGUGGAUCCUCGCUGAUGAGCAAGACGUGCACAUGCAUGACCCUCGGCUUAUUCCCCUGAAAACUAUGACAUCUGAUAUCUUAAAGAUGCAGCUAUACGUAGAAGAGCGAGCCCACAAAGGCACCUGAUUUCAAAUCUUCCUUGCCUUCAAGCCUCAUCUGAUCUUCCAGUUGAAUAAGAUAUCUCACAAACCAUACCUUGAUAACCAUCUCUUCAGCUGGCCUUCUGGGUGAAUGUAGAGCAGCUGCUGCCUCUUUAUUUCAAGUGCUCUUACUGCUGUAUAUAGAACUGACUUGGAAUGUGGAGCCAGAGCCUGUUCCCAUGUACGCUCAUGUGUGAGAGUGAGUAUAGGUUUUGUUACAGUGAAUCCCUGGGGGCAGGACGUAGCCAACUGCUUUAUGCAGUCACGCUUUGUACAAAUCCAGUUCUCACCUUAAUAGGGCAUCGCCUUUGCACAUUGGUAGCGAUGUACAGCAGUCUGUUGUAUGCUCCACUAGAGCAAUGGACUCGGUGAGUGAGGCCUUACAUAGUGUCUGUCCACUGUGACUGUCCCAAGUAGUCUUCAAUAAAUACUGAAGUUUUGCCCCAGUUGAACUAGGCCGAGUUCUGUC